AGUCCUCUUACAGGGCUCAGUCUGGCGCAGUAUUUUCAGUAAGUUGGAGUCAAAGUAAAAAAGUUGGUUAGAAACAAGAUGAGUUCGCGACGUGAAGAGAACGCGACGACGGGUCCUUUUAGGCUAUGGGGUGGACGGUACUCCAAGGGAACCGAUCAUGUCCUGUCGAGGGUCAACAAUUCGCUAACGGUCGAUAAGCGGCUGUAUUCGGAAGAUUUGGAUGGAAGUGUGGCGUACGCGAGAAGUUUGGCCGAAGCGAAGCUGCUGACGCAGAGUGAAUUUAAGGUGAUCUGUUACGGACUGGAGACGAUACGGGACGAAUGGAAGAAGGAAACGAUCAAGCUGAUGCCGAGAGACGAAGAUGUACAUACGGUUAAUGAGCGUCGGCUGGUCGAAAUCAUUGGACCCCAAAUCGGAGGAAAACUUCAUACCGGCAGGAGUCGCAAUGAGCAGGUGGUUGUGGAUAUGAAACUGUGGAUGAGGAAUGCCGUCAGUGACAUUUUGAAGCAGCUGGCUGCGUUGAUUGGGGGUAUCAAAGAUUUGGCUACUCGGUACAUCGAUGUUCUGAUGCCGGGCUACACACAUAUGCAGAAAGCGCAACCAGUUCGAUUUAGUCAUUGGAUUUUGAGCUACGCCUUCUAUUUCAAGGAGGAUUAUCAUCGAUUCCAAGAAUUUUACAACCGGAUGAACGUCCUGCCGUUGGGAAGCGGGGCUCUUGCUGGCAAUCCGUUCAACAUAAAUCGACACAAGCUCGCAGAUGAUCUGGGCUUCAACGGGGUUUCCUAUAACAGCAUGAAUGCGGUUAGUGAUCGUGACUUUGUGGUUGAGUUCAACUUCCUCAGCACUCUGACUGCGGUUCAUUUGAGCAGACUUGCCGAGGAUUUGAUUCUGUACUCUACGAAAGAGUACAACUUCUUGGAGCUGUCUGAAGAGUACACAACCGGCAGCAGUUUGAUGCCCCAGAAGCGCAAUCCCGAUAGUUUGGAAUUGGUCAGGGGAAUUUCGGGAAAUGUGUUCGGGCAACACUGCGGCCUGCUAAUGACUUUGAAGGGACUUCCAUCGACGUAUAACAAAGAUCUGCAGUGCGAUAAGAGUGGAAUGUUUGCAGUGUACGAUCAGACGGUGCUUUCGCUGACGUUGAUGACCGGAGUGAUUACGACUAUUCGGCUCGAUGAGGAACGUUGCCUCAGUGCGCUGAGUUACGACAUGCUUGCAACCGAUAUGGCAUACUAUCUGGUGCGUAAAGGAAUUCCCUUCCGGGAGGCACAUCACAUCUCCGGAGAGGUCGUCGCUUUCUCCGAGAAGGUGAAAAUUCCAAUCAACAAGCUAUCGUUGGAAGACCUCAAGGAAAUAAGUCCAUAUUUUGACGAGACGGUCAGCGGGUUGUGGAACUAUGAGAACAGUGUCGAGCAGUAUACCGUCGUGGGGGGCACUUCCCGGAUCGCGGUGCAGGAGCAGAUCAACCUGCUGAAGGAUUUUCUUUCGAGCUGUGAAUGAGAGGCGUGUGUUUAGCUGUAAUGAUUGUUUUUUUGUUUCUGUUUCUGUAAACUGUAUAAAUAUCGUUUGCCAAACUAUUGUAAAUUAUUGUAGGAAAAAAAUGUGUUAAACCGUGUACCGUAGAGUGUGUACCGCAAAACAAAAUGUAAUAAUUAUCUGUGCUAUUUCUCCCUGUUGUGGCUAAUAAAACAAAAAUAUGUCUGAAAAA